UACAGAUAGCUGGGAUCAAAUGAAUCCCUCAAGGAGUAUAAGGUAUAUACGGUUUGAUGGUACAGAACGGAAAUCGCUCCCGUUUCUAAAGUCAUCAGUGCCAUUAAUCUCAAUCAUGGCAUCAACAACUGUAAUUAUUCAGCAGCCUGGAUCGGGAAUACCAGCAGCAAAUGGGCAGUGGAGCACAGGCGUAUGCAACAUUUGUGACGACAUGGCUGUCUGCUGUGGUGGUCUCUUCUGCCCAUGUUUUUUGGGAUGUUAUGUGGCGAGUGCUUAUGGAGAGAGUUGCUGUCUGGGUUUUUUGCCUGGUGGUAUGACUGCACUGCGCACUCAUAUGCGCAUUACAUAUGGCAUCCAGGGAACCAUCUGUCAAGAUGCAAUGAUGACAACCUGCUGUGGCUUAUUUGAAAUUUGUCGAAUGACUCGUGAGAUGCGCAGACGCAAUCGUUAGUGCUGGGAAGACUGAGAAAAAAAUGAUCCGUUUGCCUGAAGAUGGAUGUGCAAACCUCUGAUGUAGUUUUAAGAUAAUAAACUUUUUCUUUCCUCGACACUGCUAUCUCCUGAUGCCAAUAUCACCUAGUUAAUAUUUUAAUUGGACAAUGUUAAGACUUGUUAAGAAAUAUAACAGUGUUCAGAUCGUGCAAACUGUAAAUUCAUCAGCUUCAUAGAACGGUCAUCUUGACAUGUCCCAUGACCAACUUAAUUUGAGCGUUUUUUUAUAGAUGACCUUCUCAACAAUAAGGGUAUUUCACCUUACAACAUGUCUGUGCUUGUAACGUGUUUACCCCAACUGUUUUAGAAGGAAUCAUCUCUGUUUUUAUUAAUUUCAUCACAUUGUCAUUCACAAGCCUGAAGCAGAUAGAACUAUCAAAUUCUUUAACUUUACAUUGAUCCUUGUUCUUAAAUAAUCUGCGUAACAUUUUAAUCAAUUCGCUCCUAACUCUUAUGAACGUGCAUCCACUGUACAACAAAGCAUAAUUAAAGGACUCUGCAACUAAAACA